UCUGAUUGCUGUGCCAUCGCAACUCGUGACGCGAUGGCGUACAACCAUCGAAUGAGCAUGGCUGGCUCGCAACAGCACCACAGCCGGUCCCGCAAGAAGGAGGAUGACAAUGAUGCAUUGAUGAGACUGCCUGAUAAAGAAAUCGCAGGAUGCAUCAACGAUAUCGGAAUCCCAUUUACUGCGGCAGACUUGGCCAAACCGAACGCCCAGCAGAUCCAGAUGGUCUUCGAAUGGUUCGCAGAACUACUGAUGAAUAUUACGCGCGAGACGGUAGAACCGGCCAUGCAUGCUGCCGCUGAAGAUAUUUGCGGCGACUACCCUGAUAUCGUCCCUAACGAUACGCGUAACUUGAUGGCUUUCUUCAUUAGCAUUCGGUCACUGUUGGCAGAGUGCGGCGUGAACGAUUUCACCUUUACGGACCUGACGAAACCGACCCAUGACCGACUCGUGAAAAUAUUCUCCUACCUCAUUAACUUUGUCCGGUUCCGCGAGUCGCAAACCGCCGUGAUCGACGAGCAUUUCAACAAGACCGAGAAGACCAAAUCGCGCAUUGACACCCUGAUGGCCGAGAACCAGGAGAUGCAGCAACGACUGGCAGAGAUGCGACGAGAUCAGCAAGCCAAUGAAGCCCAGGUGCGGGAGAAAGUGGCUCGCAACGACGAGCUCAAGGCGCGGCUUUUGGAAUUAAGUCGCGAGCAAUCACGGGUCGCAGAGACUCUUGACAGAAUGAAAAGCGAUCGGGCACGACGACAACAGCAAUUGGAGGAAAAAAUUGAAAAGACACACCGAAGCCGGCAAGAAGCGGAGAAGCUGCGACCCUAUGUUCUCGAGUCCCCGGCCACGCUGCAGUCAACAUUGACCGAAUUGGCAGAGAACCUAAUGCGCGAAAAAGCUCAGAUUGAUGCUAUGGAACGACGCGCUCGCGCUCUUCAAACUUCCUCAGAUACCUUCACCGUCGUUUCCAAUGAUGUACAGGCAUGUGUCAAACUUCUCGACGAUAUUUCAGCAGAGCUUGAGAAAGAGGAAGAGGAAGAGACUCGUGCAGCAAAAAACAAGGAUGCUAUCUCGGACAGAGGGAACCAUGUACGAGAGGUUGAGCAGGCGGAGAAACUCCUCCAACGGCAACUGGCUCGCUGGGCUGAAAGAAUCGAAGCUCUUCGCAGAUCCGCACAGGAAAAGGCCGAAGUGGCUCAGGCACGGAUGGAAGAGCUCCGUAAUGUACAGAAGCAACUUCGUGAAGAGCGUGCAGAGAAACAGCGUGAGAUGGAACGAAGGCGGAUUCGGAUUGAACAGACGGAGAAGAAGAUGGCCGAUCUCAAGGAGAAUAUUGAGAGCGAGAUUCAAGCCGCCCACGAUCAGUAUCUCAAGUUGGAGUCACAUAUUAAACUCUAUAUCACGGAGGUGGAAAAGUCACUUUGA